AUGGCUAGCACCCAUCAAGUACAAGCAGCGAGAUUGUUUUUCUGCUUGUCUAUUACUUGUUCGGCUUUUUGUUACAUGUCAGACGCAGGAGCGAUUAGUUUCAGUUUUCCUCCCAAAACAAAUAUCCAACUAUCAGCAGAUGCUUCCAUUUAUCAGAACGUGAUACACCUUACCAAGAGCCGAUCGGGCCUCGGGUGGGCAACUUACUCCAACAUUAUUCCUUCUAAAGCUCUGGCAAGUUUUUCAACGCAUUUCCAAUUCAGCAUAGUUGCAGUCAAUGGCAGCGGAGACGGUCUCACUUUCUUUCUCGCUCCCUCCGACUUUGAAUCCUUCGACGCUGAUCGCGGCGAAUGGCUCGGACUCUUUGAAUCUGAAACAGAUGGGAACUCAUCCAAUCAGAUUGUUGCUGUGGAGUUCGACACAUACGAGAAUGAGUUUGAUCCGGAUGAUAACCAUGUAGGAAUCGAUGUCAACAGUGUCAUAUCAGUGAAAACUGUUUCAGUAAGUGAUCUUUACACAGGCGCUACUCUCAACAAUGGAGAAAAGUGGGAAGUGUGGGUUGAUUACAACGGCACACAGAUUUAA